AUGUCGAUUAAUAUACCCGAUUUCGAUCCUUAUACUGUGCUCGGAGUUGACAAGGACGCUCCCAACUCAGCAAUCAAGACCGCUUACCGCAAGCUCGUGUUGAAAUGCCAUCCAGACAAGAUCCAAGACGAAAAACUGCGGGCAACGGCUGUCAAUGAGUUCCAGAAACUUCAAGAGUCCUAUGAAAUCCUGAGUGACGAAGGACGGCGCCAGCUUUACGAUCAGGAGAUUUACCUCAACAAGUUGAGGAAGGAAGCUGCAGCACAGAAAGCUUAUGCAAGCAGGGAAUAUCGUGAUGGACAAAUGUACGAAGAACGAGUUCCACAAUAUUUCAACAGCAGUGACGAGCAUCUGUACACCGAGGAACCGAUGUCAUACUCUCAGAAGUACGCCGACGGCUCCAAGCGCCCGCACACCAAAGCUACUGAAGAGAGGAAAAAGUCAAAAGGACCGUCCGUGUACACGUAUAGCACAGCAAGACCAGCAAAACAGCAGAGCGACCGUGACCACGCCAAAGCUGCACAUUACGAUCGUGCGAGGACUCGCACCAAGGAACGCCGGCGGGAUGCCUCAGACAAGUAUGAGCGAACGGCAGCUGGUUUUGACUCGGACAGUGAAGAUGCCUUUUCGGAUUUCGAACGUGACCAGGCUCAUUAUAGGGCCAAAGUGGAAAGUGAGAUAAGAUACUCAUCGCCUCGAGAAUCGGUUCCACCACGUCGCAAAGCAGACACAGUACCGAGUUACUCAUCGAAGCACCAUCGCAGCCGUGGCUCAUCUACCGGCUCGGAUUCGGAAGAUAAUCAUGAUGAUUAUCCAUCAUACUCGACUUCCAAACUCGACGGCCAAGAAGAAUGGGCCAAGAAGUACAUUGGCCGCACAACGGAUCCCGUGAUACGACCACACACAUCUAGACACGCAGGAUAUGAAGAUAGGGAGCGACGUCACUCAGAAACUCCUCGAUACUCAACUCGUUCUUCUCACAGUCACAAAGACAGUGUUCAUGUUGAAACUUCGUCACCUCGGACCAAUCGCAGGUCUAAUGAACGAUUGAAUUCUGAUGAGCGAGCCGAGCGUAGUCACGACUACGAGCGUGCAUAUGAGCGGGAUCGGCGACGCGACCGUGACUUUGAGCGCGAUCUUGAUCGCGAGUUUGAUCGACGAGAGCGUGAGCGGGAACGAGAACGCGGGCGAACCGUUCCUAGUCUGUCCACGGCCGCCUCUCAAAAGGUCCCAUCGUCACCUCGAGCUCCUCCCACGAUCACCCGCUCUGCCACUGCACCGUAUCCCCCUCGCAGUCGACGAGAAGGUUCGAGUCGAUCGGAAUCCAAGGGCCCUCUUUCCGGUAUAGUUAAUGGUUUAGCAAGUAUGGUGGUGGACGGUUUCGCAGGUGAUACCAAAGCUUCGUCUCGGUCAUCCACUGGACGGGGUGUUUCAAGAGGUGCUUCCCGUCCCCGUGGCACCGAGAGAAACGAUUCAGGAUAUUCCAGUGGACCAAGUACGCCAGAAAUGCCUUCAAACGCAUCAGCAAAAAUCAAACAAUACAAGGUUGAUAUAACGGGCGAUAGACCCAGGGUGGAAUCGGUAGACGUCUAUCCUCCACCAUCAUCGUCCCGAUCUGAACGAGCGAGAGAUCGCUCGGCAGCACCGAGACCUAAGACCACUACUCGUACCAAAACGUAUUCUUUUGAACCGGAAAUCAUUACACGACAACCAGCUUCAGCGUCUUCAAAGACUUCGUCAUCAGGCCGACCACUGUAUGGAGAGAUCCCCAUGGACGGACACCGAUACACCAGGCAAACAGUUGCUUGA